CUUCUCCUCCUUCCCUUUUCCCCUGUCGUCUUCCCCUUUACGCACACUGCGAUCCCAUCAAGAAAUCUCUCUCGCUCUCUCUCUCUCUCUCUCCCCACGCUUUCCGUCCGUCCUUCCCCUGUUUUAUUCCGUCCACUGUGUAGAUUCUCCGUAUCUACCUAUUUAUAAGCACAGCAAGCAAGCGUUACUCUUUAAGUGCUCAGUGACUCCUCCUUUUUGCUGUUGUUCUUCUUCUUUGCCAUGGAUAACGAUGGCUGUGUUACGAAGGGGGCGAGGUCCAACGCCUGGUUGCUCGCCGGAAACUACUUCCUACUCUGCGUCGGCUCACUCUCCUCUUCUCUGCUCUCCCGCUUCUACUUCGUCCAUGGAGGCGGAAGCCGAUGGGUGUCCACCCUCGUCCAGUCCGCCGGAUUCCCCUUGCUCCUCGUCCCCGUUUACUUCUGCUCGUCCCCUGUUUCCGGCAACCGGCCCUUUUGUAGCUUCGGUUCGCGCCUCCUUUGCCUGGCGCUCGGCCUCGGGCUCCUCCUGGGACUUAAUAAUCUCCUCUUUUCCUGCGCCGUGUCCUAUUUAUCGGUCUCUACUUCUUCGCUCCUCCUCGCUUCGCAACUGGCCUUCACUCUGCUUCUGUCCGUUGUCCUCGUCCGCCACCCGGUCACGUUUUUUAAUCUGAAUUCGGUGGUUUUGCUCACUGUAAGCUCUGUUCUUCUCGCGCUCAACUCGUCGCACGACUGCCCGCCGGGCGUCGACCGGCGGCACUUCUUUCUCGGACUCGCGGCGGCUCUCGGCGCCGCCGCGCUCUUCGCAGUGUACCUGCCGGUGAUGCAGCUGGUCUACCGCGGGCUCAGCGGCGGGUACCGGGCGGUGGUGGAGGUGCAGGUGGUGAUGGAGGCGGCAGCGACGGCGCUGGCGGUGGCGGGGAUGGCGGCGGACGGCGGCGGCGCAGACGGGGGAAAGUGGUGGUGGCCGAGGGAGGAAAGGUGGGACCUUGGGGCGGCGGCGUACUGGGCCGUGGUGGCGACGACUGUGCUGGCGUGGCAGAUGUGCUUCAUGGGGACGGCGGGGAUGGUGUUCCUCACGUCGUCGGUCAACGGGGGGAUCUGCAUGACAGCGCUUCUGGCGGUCAACGUGGUGGGUGGCGUGGCGGCGUUCGGCGACGAGUUCAGCGGCGGGAAGGCGGUGGCGAUGGCGCUCUGCCUCUGGGGAUUCGGGUCUUAUCUUUACGGGGAGUGGAAGAUGAAGGCGGGCGCAGAGGCGGAAGCGCCGCCGGCGGUGGUGGAGGAGAAGCUGAAGCCGAUGCAGACGGUGGAGACAAGUGGCGACGGAGACAGUAACGAUGGCAACGUGUAAAAAGAACUCUACACUUGAAAAAACAAACAAAAAAAUAAAUCCUUAUUUUAUACUUUUCGAGUAUAUAAAUAACAAUUUCUAACAAUUAUCAAUAUUUACAAACUUUUUAUAUAAAAAAGCCAUCAAAUUAAAUAUCCAUAAAUCUAUUGUAAAAACAAAAAUAUUUAAGUUGGGAUAACAAAGUCGAGCU